UUUAUAUCUCCCAAUUCGAUUACUAGACCAUGGACCAAAAGCAAAAAGGCACGAAUCCCUUUGACGACGUCAGCCUGCAGAACAGCCCCAAGCAAGCGGGGUCGGAAAGCACGGUGCAGGCGUACCGGCAGUGGCUCGAGGACAGCGACAGCGACACGGUCAAGCACUCGCCUGAAAUCGGCAGCCCGCCGCAAUACGCCGAAAGCCCGCACGCCCCGCACCGGCGGGUGCUCAGCGACUCGCCGGCCAGGCCGUCGGCAUUGUACACGCCGGUAGCAGAGCCCAGGAAUGACCCGCGUGUAUACCUGGAGCAGCCGAUCAUCGGACCGACGGUGCCGCGCAUCAAGCCCGCGCGCUCCAUGCCACCAGAGCCCAUCGCCAAGCAGGACAAAUCGCCGAGCCGGUUCCUGAACAUGCCCAAGCAGCUGGCCAAGCAAAUCUACAGAACCGUGGGGCGGACAUUGACGAGCCAAAGGCUCAAAAGCACCUCGCCGCAGUCGGCGCCCGUCGAGCACUCGGGCAGCAUGGACAGCCUGUUUGCUGGUGCCACAAGGCAGAACCGCCUGAGACACGCCGAGCGCAUUAGGCGCACGCCUCUGCAUCCGUCGCUGGUCGAGGUCAACAUGGAGCGCAGCGGCCAGGCCCGGGCGGCGUCUAGCAAGCCCGAGAUCAAAGAAGGAAGCAAUGUCGAGUGGGAGUACCACCGCAUGGACGCAGGCCGCGGGUGGGAGUGCGUUCUGUGGGCGUUCCUAUGUAAUUUCGGCGUGGGCUCGGCGCCCGGCACAUUUGCGGCCUUCCAGGUGCAUUACCAGGACAAUGCCAGCCAGCGCGACCCAGCCAUGCUCGAUGAGUCAGCCCACACCACGCAUGCAUUGACCAAGACCUCGCUGACGUAUAUUUCGCUGAUCGGUGCGUUGCUAAUGGCGGUCUGUGCGGCAGCGUCAGGUAUGGCUGGGGCGUUCUCGGACCGCACAGGCCCGCGCGCCAGCGCUUUGACCGGGGCGUUUGUCAGCGCUUUGGCGUUGCUGGUGGGCUCGUACUCGGACGACCUCCGAAUGCUCAGCAUCGUCCAGGGCGCCGUGCAGGGCGUGGGUGUGGCAUUGGUUGCGGUGCCUGCGUAUAUGGUGCCUGCGCACUGGUUCGAGCGGCACCGCGCAUUGGCCUCGGGCUUGUCCCUGGCCGGCACUGCCCUGGGCACAGCCUGUCUGACGCCGGCGCUCCACGCGCUGCUUUCGCGUCACGGCAUGCAGACCGCCAUGCGUGUGCAGGCGCUGGUGGCACUGGUAUCCGGCAGCGUCGGCAGCGCCGGACUGCAGACGCGCGUGGCAGUGGCCAGGCCGAGAAGAAUCACAUGGAAAGUCUUCUAUGACAUGCGGCUGGCAGUGCUGGCUCUGGUGGCAUUGCUGGCAGGCGCGUCGCUGACGCUGCAGCUUCUGUGUUUGCCGGGGUUUGCGCAUCUGCUGGGGAUGACGGAGCGGUUGCAUGCAGUGUAUGCGCUAGGGGCAGCCGCGUGCGUGGGUCUGGUGGCCGGCGGACUGGUGGCAGACCGCACCGGAUACAUUGCCGGCAUCGGGCUGAGCCAGCUGGCCAUGGGGGCAUUCACACUGGCGCUGUGGCUACCGGCGCGCGGACCGGCGGUGUUUUUCGCGUACGUCGUGUGCUACGGGCUGGCUAUGGGGGUUCUGGGCGCGGUACUACCGGCCAGCAUCAUGCAGAUGUUUGGGAUUGCGCGGGCCUUCACCAUGCUGGGCAUAGCUACCAUGGCUGCGGCUGUGGGCGUGCUGGCCACACUGCCCAUGGCCGUGGAGUUCCAGCAGCGCGCCAGCCAGAACCGCAGUGUGCAGUUUCUGAUUGGCAUCAGCGGCGGGCUGUCGAUAUUGGCGGGCAUUGCUGCCCUGCUGCUGCCGUAUCUGCAGCGCCGGCAUCUAAUGAGGGUGCUGAACAAGAGCGUUUGGGUGGAGUAGGAGGAUUUAUUUCUGUUCUUCUUCGGGCGUGCGGGUUACCAGGGCCAUUGCAUGGAUGCCGCCGUCCAUGGCCAUCUCGUGCUUGAACAGACUGUAGAUGCUGCGCUGGCGCUGUAGCAGGCGCUGGCCCGCGAACUGCGAGGAGACGACUUUGAUUUUGAAAUGCGUUUCGGUGCUGGUUACGCCCUGCAUGGGCGCGUGGUGCCGGUGCUUGUGCGACUCGUUUUCGAUCUCCAGCACCGUCGGCGCAUAGGCUGCUUCGAUGCGCUGCCGGAUAAGCUGCUCCAGGGGCCCGGGCGCAGUGGUCAUUUUCUGGCGGAGGGCAGAAAGAACGCGCAUUUAA